AUGGAGAGUAAGGUUUUAGAGAAGUGUUGGUUGUUUUUGGCUAUGGAGAAUUGUUAUUGUGCUGGUCCUCAAGGGGCAACCUGGGCUCCCUACAACUCUGCUGCGCUGAGCAAUGAGUCUUCCAGCUUUCCACUUCCAUGGCCUCCUCAUGCCUCCAGCUCUACCCAAUUCCAGUUUUGUGGGUUCCCAAAUUCUUGGUCUGCAGCAGCUGAAGGUGCUGAUGAAGAAGACAGAGCUGCAACUGCUUCAAAGAGCCACAGCCAAGCAGAGAAAAGGCGCAGAGAUAGAAUCAAUGCACAGCUUGCAACUCUAAGGAAACUAAUUCCCAAGUCCGACAAGAUGGACAAGGCAGCUCUGUUGGGAAGUGUGAUCGAUCAUGUGAAGGAUCUAAAGCGAAAAGCAAUGGAAGUCAGCAAAGCCUUCAUGGUUCCAACUGAAAUGGAUGAAAUAACCAUCGACUCUGAUCCUGCUCAGGCUGCUGCAAACUCCAGCAGCAACAAUAUUAAUAUGAACAAAAGCAGGUGCAGUAUCGUCAUAAGGGCAUCUGUUUGCUGCGAUGACAGGCCAGAACUGUUCUCGGAGCUCAUUCAAGUGCUCAAAGGCCUAAAGCUGACAGCAGUGAGAGCAGACAUGGCAAGUGUGGGUGGCAGAAUCAAAAGCGUUUUGGUCCUCUGUAAAGAUGGUGAAGAAGAUGAGGCUCUCUGCAUAAGCACUCUCAAGCAGUCACUUAAGUUGGUUUUGAGUAAAAUUUGCGCAUCAUCUAUGGCACCAAACUGUCGAAUUAGAAGCAAGAGGCAGAGGUUUUUCUUGCCAUUUCAAUACCCAAAUUAG